AUGGAACGUGAUAUAUUUGGUUGCCUUCUGAAGAUUGCCAUCGAAAAGAAAGUUGAUAUGGAACGAUGUUUUCGUUUUCCUUUGGUCCCUGUUCCCCUGGCUCUAUUUCCCAUUGAUGGCGAAAUGUGCAAGACUGACAAAUCAACUUUGGCCAAAAAACUCAUGUCCCGAGUAGAACAGACACUGCCACCUUUUGUAGAUGUUGAAAUAAUAGAUGGUUUUUAUUUGUUGCAUCAGAUGGGUGCUGUCGUUCCACUUGAAUUUGGAAGAAUUGCCGAAAAAAUUUUAAUCAAAGUUUGCGCAUCGGCUUCCUCAGAAAUUCAUUUAAUUUUUGAUGUUCACAUUUCGCCUUCGAUAAAAGAUUGCGGGCGUAUAAAUCGCAAUGAAUGCAACACCCCAAUUUCUAUUACUGGCCCACUGCAAAAAAGGCAUGGCGAUUUUCAACAAAAUUUAAAAAAUUUCAAAUUCAAGCAAGGUUUAGUUGUAUUCCUUUGCGAUCACUGGGAAAGCUCAUGUACCUCUGUCAUUCUUGGACAAAAAAAGGUUUUUAUCACGUCUCAAGAAAAAUGUUUCUCGUUUUAUUGCAAAAAUGGAUCUGUAAUAAAAACUGAAGAAAAAAGAUUGGAAUGUUUUCACGAGGAAGCAGACACGAGAAUGAUUUUCCACUUGAGCAAACUCCCUAGUCCAUCAAAUGUUGUUAUAAAAGCUACGGACACAGACGUUCUCGUAAUCUUGCUGGGAAAUAUCAAAAAAUUUUCUAAAAUAAAUGUUUGUUUUUGUGGGAAGACAUCUGCCAGGAAGCAAUUCUGCAUCAAUUGCAAUGAUCUUGCAUCAAGUUUAAGGUCUAAUCUUUGUAUUAGCUUGCCAGCGUUUCACGCUUUCACCGGCUGUGAUUAUUCGGCAUCGUUUUAUGGAAAAGGCAAAGUCACCCCUUUCAAUAUUUUUAAAAAAAUGUAA